AUGGCUACCGCACUAACAACGCGACAAGCUGUACUAACCCGAGCACUAAAUCGGCUAACAGCGAAUAUUAGGAAGUGUGAAGAGCUUGAAAAUAUGGUCAUAGAGCCUCCAUCAGAGGGUGAGAGCAGACGGGCGUACUUGGCAACCCAGCGACAGAAAUUGGAAAAGUCCAAGAUCCUUCUAGAGUCGGAAAUUUCCAACGUUUCACGCGCGCUGGAGCAGUACAGUUCCACUGCUGAUGACUUGGACCCUCAAACACCAUCGCUAGCGGAUAUCCUUCAAAAAGUGAAUGCUAAUGUAGAGACAGCUACCCAGCACAUGGACACCGCGUAUUCGAUAUUGACGACAAUUGAGGUGUUUCUUCAGGAACUCGGCAAUAUCGAGAGGAAGCAGAUAGAGUUCUUCUCAAAUGGCUCCCCUGAUGCACCGCAAACGAACUUGGCGCCUAUCCCCAUUCCGAAGUUCAGCGGACGUAUCUGGGAUUGGGAUACAUUCUGGGGAGCAUUUGAGCACUCCGUACACUCGCGCCAGAUGGACGAUCUGUACAAACUCAAUUAUCUUUUGGAUGCACUCCAGGGAGAGGCAAGAGAAACAGUGAAGCAAUUUCAAAUCUCACGAGGAGCGUAUCCGCUUGUCGUCGAACAUCUGAAGCGAAAGUACGGAGACACUCAAGUGCUAGUCGAACAGCUGAUACAGCGACUGCACAAUCUGAGAGCUCUGAGCGAGCGCCUGGACGACCAGGAAAAACUGUGUGAACAGCUCUCUUCUAUUGUGGCACAGCUUCAUCUGAAGGGAGAAAACGUCAACAAUGUCUUCCUGCAGAGGCAACUCCUCGGAAAGUUUACAGAAGACAUACAACGCCAAGUGCUACGGAAGAAGGAGCAAGAGUCACCAGAGAGUAACUGGGACACGACCACCUUAUUAGCUGCUGCAAAAAGCUACAUUGCAAUGGAACUCAAGAUUCGUAGCCGAACCAACAAGAGGAAAGAAGAUCGCCCAACAGUGCAGUCUUUGAAGGGUUCGAAAAGGGAUCUAGGUUCCAAUAAUGGUAACAGAAAAGCGGCCAACCGUGGUUGUUUCUAUUGCUCUAAGCAGGACCAUUCCCCAACGGACUGCAAACACGUAACAACAAGAGAAGAACGGCUAGAGGUUAUCCGAAAGGGGAAACUAUGUCAUAACUGUGGAUCCAAGGACCACAUGGUCGGCCAGUGUACAAAAGGACCUUGUCGAAUAUGCCAGCAGCACGGACAUCACACCUCUGUGUGUCGCCAGCUUUUUUCUCCUCCAAUGAAGCCGUCGGCCGCGCAAGAUGUCAAAACAGUGCCCCAAACGAAGAGUAAGGCCACUCCAAAGCGCUCGCAAACCUUGAUAUCAUCUAAGGUAAACACCACUCUGUCAGGACAAGGUCAAACCCAGGACGUAGUUCCAAGUACAGCCGUGUACGUGAAUCAUCACCGAGUUGGAACGAACGUUCACAUCCUCGUGGGACAAGCACAGGUCUUGAAUCCAAGUAAUCAGGCAUUGGAAACCGUCCACGUCAUGCUCGAUACCGGCGCCGAUCGCUCAUUCAUAAGUACUCAACUAGCUGAUCACCUUGAGCUACGCGAUAUCAAGUCGGUUGAGCUAACCAUCAGUACCUUCGGUUCACAGCAACCGCUGAAGAGGAUAUGUGGAGUAACAGAACUCCAGAUGUGGGAUGCGCAGGGCAAGGCCCACAAAGUCACGGUGACCAAAAUUGACACCAUCACAGAACCAAUGGAACGAAGCAGUCUCAGCAAUGAGGACAAGCAAUUCCUCUACGACCACAACAUGACGUUGUCGAUCAGCUCGAAUGUAACGGACAUCUAUCCACAAGUCUUACUUGGAUGUGCCGAUCUAUAUUCAUUUUUGGACAAAGGACUAACAGCUGAGACAUCGCUUCCUUCAGGACUCAAGCUCAUCCCAUCCAAGUUAGGAUACCUCGUUUCAGGACGAGGUUCCAAUCAUAAUGAUGCACUCACAGAAGAGUCACGAGAAGUGGUGGAAUUCGGACACAGCUCAAUGGAACCUGAAGAUGAACCGCAAUCGUGGGCAGACUUCUGCACAUUUGAGUCAUCAGGCGUUCACGAAUUCGUCGGACCAAAUACCCAGGAACGCAAAACCGUAGAAGCGGAAGUAUGGGAAUGCCGCGAUCCGGAUACUUGGCCUGAAGAAAGCCGUUUGUUCACUCUGCCAACUGAAGACUGUGAUGAGCAAAUAUGCAUGGUUGCAAGAGCAACAGAAGAAACGUCUGAAUUACUAGACUGGUCGAGACACAACCGACUGACUUCUGCCAAGCGCACGAUGGCAUACGUUUUGCGCUUCUUGCAUAACAUUUCGCUAAGAGUGAAUGUGAAGUUCAAGGAACGCUUGGAGAAGGCUAUCCCGGAACUCUCCAGUAUGACAUCAGAACCAUUCAUCACUGCGGCUGAAAACAGAAUGGCUCUACAAGUUCUGGAAAUCCGAGACAAUCCUGUGGAACCAGACUCAACAUCCCGAUAUGAGCUGCGCCCACGUAAACUUGUGAACUACAACGAAGACACGGCACAUUGCGCAACAGCUCAUGGUUCAACUUCGAAAAAUAUUCCGAUAAAGUUCCUCCUGACCUGUACUACAGCUCUCAUGCUAGCAACAGGAGUUACACCAACAACCACUGCAGUUGGACAAAUGUCAUGCAUUCCAGGGGGUCUUUCUAUCACGACUCGUAACAUCGAACAAUACGAAGUGUGUGCAGAACAUCUCUGCUAUGUGAAAGAGCAACCACAAGGAAAUGAGACGAUCCAUUUGCCCCCGGAAAUACUUCUGCAUAAGCAUGAUGUUCAACUGAAGCUUUUUGAUGGACAGAACCUCACUGUGCUAGAAACAUCAUGCCCACCUGAGUCAUUUUGCGAUCACAUCCGAUGUUGGUUCUGCACAGCCAACAUUUUCAAUCCCGAAUGUUCACCUCGAACGGCUAUCACUGCACUCACCAUUACACUUUACAUCUCCAUCGCGUUACUUUACGCGUUGUGCUAUGUACCCAUGGUAUUCGGAAAACCGUGUCGCAUCGUGGCCAAGGCAUUGUGGUCGUUAUGCAAAGCCAUAGGAUACCUACUUUGGAAGAUCUGCAAACGACCAGCCCACCGAGGACAACGAUAUGAUGUGGAAGCACUGUUGAGAACACCGCUCCUGGCUAUUGUCUGUACGACAAUGUUGGCCACAAGAUCAUUCGCUUGUCAGGAUAUCGACCCCUCAAUACCGUUCACACUGGGCAAAAUGAGGAUCACUCUUACCAGUCUUUCCUUUCUACCCACCCCAACGUUAGCGUCCUCCUUCAUAUCGGAUGGUUCACAGAUCGCUAUUUGGGCUCACAAGGAAACACCGCCCCUUUUCUGCGAAUCAGAAGACCAAGCUAGAUCGCUUAACUGCUCCGUCACCACGGACUGCGAUUGUGAACCGGCUGAGGACAAAGUGAAUUGCAUGUGCACGGACUUCAAAGUCACAAACGUCUUCUCAAAUGAAAUAGAAAACCGCUUGCCAAUACGGCGUCCAUGGAUAACCUUUACAACAACGAGGGAGGAUCCGACAACAGUUGUGGCACUAAUUCCGUCGUUCAUCACGGCAGAGAUUUUGAUCCAUCUGAGAGAAGAGUUCGAUAAGACGGUCAGAAUGGUGACCGAUUCUAUAUGCACUGUUCCCAACUCCAUCGCAAAGGGAUGCUAUCUCUGCCCGCAAGGCGCAUUUGCAGAGAUAACGUGCAAUACCGAAGACAACCCCACCAUGGCUACGAUAACAUGCGAUGAUCAAUCCUUCACGAUUCCGUGCAAAAGAGAAGGAGCGACUUCUACGCUACGUUUCACACACAAAUCGGCAAGAUUGAUGAAGCGUUGUAAGGUUUCGUGUGGCAGUUCUGAAAAGACUUUCGAAAUCACGGGGAUUUUACAAUGGAUCCGUACAAUUCACGGAUCUACACUCAAGGUCAUCAGCGGCGAAAGCAGCGUGUACGAUGAGCUAGUUUUCCGGAUUUUGGACAUAUUUUUGAUGUCAUUCUUCACUGCCAUGGAAAAAUAUAAGAAGACGCCAUCUGCUACCUCGGAAACAGACGUUAGCACCACCAGGCCACCAGCGCCGAAGGCGACUUCUCAAACCAAGUCGGCAUCACAGCCAAAACGUUUAAAUCCCACGGCAAAGUCAGUGGCGCCAGCAGGGUCCGUAGCUGCUUCCACCUCCAAGCGCAAGAGGGACACAUCCUCAUCUUCCUCGUCUUCAACGGAAGAAACAUCUCUUCCCCCGAAAAAAGGUCGCGCUUCAGGUUCCAUGCUGAAAGAGCUUCUUCAACAGGGCAGCAGAGUCCUCCAGUUUGCUGCGAGCAAGGUCGACCAACUCGCUCCAGCAGUUACGGUAUCAUCGUCUCAAGAAACAACAGAGCGUCUUGACCGUCUUGAACAACUGAUGAAGUCAUAUCACGAACAGAAUGUCAAGAUGCACAAGUCAAAUGAAGCCAAGCUCGAAAAGCUUGACUCCAAGGUAAACAUCCUUACGGCUCGAUUGAACCAGCUGGAAAAGGAGGCCAAGGAGCACACACAAAAAGCCAGGGAGACGACCACCAGCGACCAAAGCAACGAAGAACUCUGGAGCAAGCUGCAAGGAAAGUUCGAGCUGCUACGAGAAGAGAUCUCCUCCGUCAACAAGCUAGCUUUCGACAUCAGGUAUAUCCAUGAGAGCUUCGAAGAGCUUAACUCGCGCCUUUCCAACACGAACACUGGCCCGGCGGAGCCCAGCUCGGAGCUGGACAGAAUUCGACACCAAAUGAGGGAAACCGAAAGAGAGCUGAAUGCUGCAAGAGAUGCAACGCGUGAGACUGACCAGUCGAUCGAAAAGGAAUUGACAGAUAAGGGACGAGUAGGAUCUUCGAGAACAAUGGAGGAACUCAAGGACAGGCGAAGGAGCUGUCAAUCGAGGGAAUCGAGGCUCGAAAGGGAGAUGCGUGACCUGCAAGCCCGGCUGGAGCGUGAAACCAGGAGGCGAAAUCGUCCGACUCGUGAGCAAUCGCAAGAACAGCAAGGAAUGAGACGAGAGCGGAGCGAUAGCCCACACGAAAGCAGACAUCGCGAACGUACGGACAAACGCGAAAGACGUCGUAGCUCAGCAUCGAGGAAUCGCACUUAG